AUGUCACCCUCGCCAGUCGUCCUCAUCAUAGGAUGCGGCAUUGCCGGCCCGGUUCUUGGCUACCUCCUCAAACAAAAAGGAUACACUCCCAUAGUCUUUGAGAAGGUAUCAGAGCUUGGAGAUGCAGGAGCUUCAUUAAUGCUCAUGUCAAAUGGCCUCAAAGUUUUGGAACUGGUUGGAGUUGCCAACAAAGUUACCGCCGAAUCCAUGCCCAUUCAAAGGUUUAUUGACUCCAAUGCCGAGGGAAAGAUACUGGGAUCUUCAAACCUUCCCAGCAUCUUCAAGGACAAAUACAGCCAGCCUCUCGCAGGCAUCAAACGUACUUCUAUUAACUUGAUGCUCAAGAACACACUCCUUGAUCAGCACAUAGAUGUAAGAGAAGGCUGGGAGCUAUUAGAUAUCAAAGAAGAAGAGGACUCCGUCACCGCCUACUUCAACGGUGGUCGAUCUGUUACUGGUUCCUUUCUCAUUGGCUGCGAUGGAAUCAAGUCUGCUAGCAGGAGAGCAUUGCUUCAAGUGAAAGGUAUCACUGAAGGGCCCCCGACUUAUACUGGCCUCACACAGACGGCCGGGAUCUCCAAAACGCCGAAAACGCUGCUUGACUCUGCAGCCAUGCGCAACUGGUAUGCGGAUGGGACUCACAUGAUUGCGUACCCCAUUUCCAAGUCACAUAUUUCCUGGGCAAUCACGCAAAGGGAGGCGCAAGAAACGGCAGAGACAUGGCGACCUUAUCGAACCGAGGAGCUGCCUCACCAGAAAAGUCAGCUCUCUCAGCUGCUUGACGGAUGGAAUCCCGCUGUCAAGGAAAUGAUAGCCUCCUCAGAGAGAAUCAUCAAGUUUGGACUGUUUGAUCGCGCAGAGCUGAAUUCAGGCGAAUGGUUCUCCAAAAGAUGUGUUCUAGUUGGAGAUGCGGCACAUCCAACGAGUCCACACCUGGGACAGGGCGCGAACCAGGCAUUAGAGGACUGCUAUCACCUCAGUCAUGCUCUUCCAAACUUGAGGGUAGGCGGCGAGAGCUCUCCGGAUGGCGCUUUCGUGCUUGGAUCGAGUCUAGCGGCCACAAUAUUUAAACCGUAUGCCGAAAAGCGCCAGCCUAGGACUUCACAUCUAGUGAGAGGAGCUCGAGCUGUAGGCGAGCAGAGAACAGCAUCGGGUGAGGAAGCAUGUAAGCGGCGAGAUGAGAUGGUCGUGCAGAAGUUCGCGGAUGACGGCUUGCUGGCAGCCAAGAUGGACGAGCUUUUGAGAGAGCCGUUUUCAAAACCCUAA